GCUCUACGAAAGCGAUAACGGUGGUUCUGUUGAAAAUGUCCAUUGAGGACUUCACCGUCCAUUGAGGACUUCACCGUCACCAUACACACACAAUGCUAAGUUCGACUUAUUCUAUCUUGUCGUUGUUUAUUUGUAUACUUUUCCAUACAGGAUCAGCGACUCCGCCUCAUUCAUCCACGUUCUGUCCGGACAACUGGAUGCCUUUUCAGGGCUCCUGCUACUUCUUCCAUCACACGGAGCAAUCAUUCACAGAGGCACAGCACGCAUGUCUCCAACGGAAUUCGAACCUCGUUCAGAUAGACUCGAUAGAGGAAAACUUGUUCAUCAAAGAAUUCCUUAGCCAGCAAAAGCAAUUACACUGGUGGAUAGGACUAUCUGAUGAGGACAUCGAGGGCAUCUGGAAGUGGGUUGGGUCAGAUGACAAGCCCACAUACACAGACUGGUAUCCCGGCGAGCCUAACAACGUGUCCAACAACGAAGACUGUGCAAUAACUUCUGGGCUCGCCGACCGCAAUUUCAGAUGGAUCGACAUUGCCUGUAGCAACCUCCAUUAUUCCAUCUGUGAGCUUAAAAGCGAGACCAGCGGAACAAUAAUCGUCGGAUAGAAAUGACAGACCGAAGCUGUUUCCAGGGUUGCUUUGUUACAAAUAUAUGUAUUGGUGAUGACAAUAUUACUUAAGAGAGCUACGUACGUACAAUAUCUUGUUUAAGUUUAAUAAAAAUAGAAUAGAGAAAUACAGAAACAUAUUUUGUAGUUAAAAAAUAUGCUACUUACUUAUUUCAAUAUAUUGAAAGUAUGUACUAGUUCUUAUAUAGAAUUAUGCGUGAAUUAUGUGUUGGUGGGUUAUCAUGAAUAUCAAAGAAGACUUA